AUGUCAAUAAUGAUGCAAGAAGAGAAAAAACGCCAGAGACCUAUAGCAAGAAGAGUCAGGUCAUUUUCUGAGUCCUUUAAAUGCCUUUUCAAAUCACCUCAUUUAAGAAGUUCGAGUCCUCCUAAUGUCACUCAACUUCCUUAUCGUUCGUCGUCUACCUCUCCCAAGAGAAGCUCUAAGCCACUAAGACGAGCAACUAUUUCUGCGCGGUUGAAUCCGAAAUACUCCUCAAUGCAGCAACGUACUUACACAUUAAAGUGUCACUCCCCAGAUAUGCCACACACCUUUAAACGCACAGAAAGUGGUUCUAGUGAUAUCUCCAACAGAGAUCGUUCUGUUUCCGACAAAGAGGAAGGAAUUAUUAAUGAAUCACGAGGAAACAGAAAUUUAGAAUCAAUUGGCCUUCAUAGCACUCAAAGUUCACAUUUAAGGAGUCCAUCCAUUUCCUCAAACGAUAGUUUAAGCGCAACGACAAGUUCAUCAGGCAGCCAAUGGGCCAUGGAUUCGUUGUUGGACGACUCAGAUAACGACGUUAUACCGUAUCGGGGCUCAGAAAAAGAAAAACUUCAGAGCAAAGACUGGGCCCAGUAUAAUUUUAUAGAUAAUCCCGAUAAGGAAGCUUUACACAGGGCAACUUCUUAUCCAAACCCUCACAUCUCAAGGCAAUUUCAUCACAAAGGAUUAUACAUUAGGAGUUCACAUCCUGACGAGAAAAGUUUGGAGAGCUUACCUCAGCUUGCAGAUGCGGCAAUAAGAUGCAUAAUCGAGCAAGAUGGCUUCAAAGUUUACGAAGACGGAAGUCAUGAACAUAAUAUAAAAUUAUCGGGACUAAUUGCUAAGAUGGAGAAGAGCAACUUCCCGUCAACUCACCGGCAAGGAUCAUUAUCGAGACCAAAGUUGGGAAUUAGUCUUUCUGGUUUAUUCAAACAUCAUAAAGGUGAAUGCGACAUUGAAAAUGCAUUAUCUCUUUUGCCAACCGAAGAAAAACCUGAGGCAAUUCAUGAGAAAAUAACUGGUCAAAGUUCUGCUGAUGGAAACGGCAGCUCUCUGACGCAAAAAAAAGAAGAUUAUUUGAAAAUAGUCAAUCCUGAUGCCUCCUUAGGGAGUGAUGAGUUGAAGUUAAUCAAUUCUUUAUCAAACAAAAUUCAUAAAAGUCUACAGAAUUUUCUACAAGAAAAAAAUUUAAAGCCUGAAGAGUCUAUCAGUGAACAAGCUCCUACUUUUCAAGAAAAAUAUGGUCAUCCCGUUGGAGUAGUCGGUGCGGGUGCCUAUGGUGAAGUAAAAUUGUGUGCUAGAUCCAGAACUGACAAGGAUUCCCCCUCAUUUGAUACCUACCAUGAUAAAAAGUAUAUAUAUUAUGCUGUGAAAGAAGUAAAACCUAAGCAAGACAGUGACCUAGAAAAAUUUUGUACAAAGAUUACCUCUGAGUUCAUAAUUGGGCAUUCGUUGAGCCACUACCAUAAAAAUGGUAAAAAACCGGCUCCCAAUAUUUUGAAAAUAUUUGAUAUCUUGGAAGAUAGUUCUUCAUUCAUUGAAGUCAUGGAGUUUUGCCCCGCUGGAGACCUUUAUAGUAUGCUUGUUGGUAAAUCAAAAUCAAAAGGCGGAUUACAUCCGUUAGAAGCCGAUUGUUUUAUGAAACAACUACUUUACGGUGUUAAGUUUAUGCAUAAUCACGGUAUUGCUCAUUGUGAUUUGAAACCUGAAAACAUUCUCUUUUAUCCACAUGGUUUAUUAAAAAUAUGUGAUUUUGGUACGAGUUCUGUGUUUCAAACUGCUUGGGAAAGGAGAGUUCAUGCUCAAAAAGGUAUAAUUGGAUCAGAACCAUAUGUAGCCCCAGAGGAGUUUGUAGAUGGUGAAUAUUAUGACCCAAGAUUGAUUGACUGUUGGAGUUGUGGCGUUGUUUAUAUAACAAUGAUAUUAGGACACUAUCUUUGGAAAAUAGCUUCGAGAGAAAAAGACAUGUCUUACGAUGAGUUUUAUAAAGAAAUGAAGCGUGAUAGUAAAUUUAAGAUUUUCGAAGAAUUAAAGCACGUGAACUCAGAAUUGGCCACAAAUAGAAAAAUCGCACUAUAUCGUAUAUUUCAAUGGGAACCUAGCAAGAGAAUUUCUGUCGACCAACUUUUAGAUUUGCCGUGGAUGAGGCAAACGAUUUGUUGUCUAAUAUAUGACUCUGCAUGA